AUGUCUCAGUGGUUGUCACCAGGUCAAUACCCGUCGCCACAACCGCCAUACACAACAUACCCUGGUCACCCUCCUCCAGUUCCACCCUCUAAUCAAUAUCUUCCCGCUCCAUAUCAAAGACCUCCGCAUAUAAUCCCAUUAUCAACUGCUGUCGGCGAUGCCUCCUUGGAGUUUAACAACUUUGUGAUGGCUUUGAGAGGCUCUGCUGGGCCUGCUGAUGUGGACAAUUUUCUUAUUUAUCUCGACAUGCUCAUGCGCGAUUGUUCACAAAGUAAUAUGCAGCGUAGUGAGCGCCGCCAAGAAUUUUGGAUCAAAGACGCUGUAUACCCGCAUAUUCUUCCUUUGCUUCGUUCUGCUUAUCAUUUUAAGGAUAAUAAAGAUGUCCAACGAGAUAAAGUCUUAAAGGUAAUAUCUAUAUGGGGAGACAAACGAUACUUUGACGAAGCGAAAAUCAUUUCCCUCAGAGAGGGCAUUCUCGCUCCACCGCCAAUACACCCGACCAAUCCACACGCAUUUCCUCCAGUGCACUAUCCGAACCAACCUACUGUACCGCCCUAUUAUGGACCGAACCAUCCCCCUCCCGCAAUAUUUCAUGGUCCACCGCAACCGAUGCCUCAGUCUGUACCACAUAUCCCUACAUCCGUAGCAACCCCGCUGAGAAAUCUUUCGGAUCCUGGUCCUCCUGGAAUACCCACACAGUUUCCCCCAAAUCAUUCGCCACCAAUGCCAAUACAAGGAAUAAUUCCACGGCCGCCUGUUACUGCACCUUUACCGCCUCCAGCACCCGAGAAAAAGUAUCACGAACUGCCGGCAGGACUUAUGGUCCCUCUGACUUCGCCCGAGAAUGCUCCUUAUACUACUAUUCGCGCAGCGGAUGUUCGCAUUCCACCUCAUCGACCACAACCAACUCCAGAACUACUAGAGGCAGUGGAUAAAUUUUACGAAGGUAUUCAACAGAUCGAAAGUACUACCAAAGAUGUUAAAAGUGAUGAUGCCAUGUCUGGAACAGAUAACCCAAAGACCGAACUUGAUAAAGACGGCUGGGAAAUUGUUACAGUAGAUCACGGUCGUCACGAUCAAGGUCCUCUUCCCGCUCGCAGUCUCGUUCCGGGCGACGUCGGAGGCACAGCUAUUCGGACUCUUCCAGGAGCCGAAGUCUGUCAAAAGAACGCGGACCAAGCGAGUGGUCUAGGAUUUUAUGCGACACCAGAAGAAGGAGCACGAUCGGAUAAGAUGAUAUCUGACAAAAAUGUUGGAUUCCAAAUGCUAAAGAAACUUGGUUGGGGAGGUACUGGUACUGGACUUGGGUCUUCUUCUGGUGGGAUAGUAGAGCCCAUUAAAGGCGGCGAAGUCAGAUAUGGCGAACAGAAAUAUCUCGGAGUUGGUCUUCAGGGAGACGACAAUGAUAUCUUUGAUCAAUACCGUAAGCAGAAAAGCUAUACUUAUCAGCGUAAUGAGAUUGGCCCUAAAGACAAGAAACCAGCGGGAUGUUUCCGAUGUGGGAAGCCCGGACACAUAGCACGGGAGUGCCAUGAAAUAGGACCCUUUCAUUAA